AUGGAAAACAUCGUCGACUUGAUCCUUACCCCGUUUAGGGACAUUGUCGAUAAGGGAAGGACGGCUGUUCAGAAUGCGGGUGACACGCAGCCCAUGCUCAAGGCCUCUCAGGCCCUGCUCAAGGAGGGCGAGCGUGCUCUCAAGAAGAUAGAGCCGCUAUGCAAGAAGCACUUUGACGACUUUGGGCCAGCCUUCAUUGAGGCAGUCAAGGACAAUGACAUGCUGUGGGAAUUUGACGAUUAUAUCGAGGUAGACGACUUCGAUGCCGACAAAUUCACUGAGCUUCAGAUGAUGUCGCGGACGGCCGCACCCAAGAUCUACGACAUCCUCUUGAAAAUGAAGCUCGAAGCGCCUGCCCAAGCGCCGGCUGCCCCAUUUAACCAAGAGCACUUCAUGUCCCAGCUGUCACCUCCAUCAUCGCCCCAUCCCACCCCGACGAUGCUUCUACCGCCGAUGAUGCCCAAUAUGAUGCCCACGGCGCCGCCUUCUACAACUGGUGCAAGCUCCGUCGGCAGAGACUCCGUGUCGAGCUCCAAGACGGAUAGCAGAUCUGUCAUGGAUACUGGUCUGGUCGAGAACGCCAAUGAGCAGUUGAGCGUGAUACUUGACAAGGCGUUUAAUAGUGACAACAGCAACCUUGAUCUUAUCGCUCAGCCACCUCCAAUGCCACCACCAGACAGGGCUUUACCUCCACCUCCACCGCCACCACCGGUAACAAUGGAGCAAUUGCCUCCAAGGCCGCCGUCAACGAACCCGUGGGACAUCAGGGUUAAGACGGUAGCUUCUGAUGAUGAGAGACCGCACAAUGCGCCCUCAGCUCGCCGAAGGCCACCUGUUGAUCCCUCUCUUCACACGCCGAUUGAAGGAACGUCACCGAUUAGCCCAUACACCACUUCUAGAAACUUUUCAAUCCCACGCCCCAAUCAUCCAGACAGUGCUCGCAGUUCUGGGUUGCUACAGGAGUACACGAGCGAGUCAGACGAGAAGCAUUCGUCUCUCGGCACCACCAUCAGUAGCCAAUUGUCAACCUACAGCAUGAGUCCUACUCAAACUUCACGCCCCCGGGCACCAAGCAAUCACAGCGCCACCAUCUACAACAGCAGCACUCCGACCAUACCGGAGGAAAUGACGCGGGGGAAAAAUAUCAGGUCAAGGAGCACCUCACGGCAACGUCCUUCACCUGUCAUGUACUCGCCGAUGCCCUACAGAUCGCAGCGUCCACGCCAGCCAUCGUAUCCAGCCUCAUCCGAUGAGCGAAUGGAUGAUGCCAAGACUAUUCGUAGAAACGAUUCGUUGACCGAGUCCGGACAUCAAUCCACUGAACGGAGAGGGUCUGACGCUGAGAGCUUGAUUGACCCGAACCCUCUCCCCGUCAGCACAAGAGGAUCCGUUGCCGAAAGCAGACCACCGCCUACUCCUAAUCCAGAGCCACCGCUACCAACAAGAGAGCAGCAGCAGCAGCAGCAGCCAGGACUCGAGCUUGUUCGCCGCAACACAGGUCGCACUAUACAAAAGAAACCCGGCCUCACCACAGCCGUCGUUGCUAAAUGCACGCACUGUCUGUACGAGAUUGACUUUAAGCUGCUUGAGCUUGAUGUCGGUGGGAAACCUGAGGGUAACUACACCAAGAAUGGCGUUGGAUACCGCCUCCGUUUCUUGCAAAAGAGCCACUUGCACGCCAAGCGCGUUGAUGAUAUCAUGUAUGCAUGCGUCUUUUGCAUCCACACCAGCCGAACUCUGGACCAGAGCGACGCAACGGUCUUUACAUCGACAGCUGCAUUGUUUACCCACUUGGCCCGACAUCCUCGACCUCUUCCAGACGUCCCCGGUAUCGCUGUCGUGGACCAGGAGGAGGUUCCACCUCACCUGGCUAAUGACUACGAUCUACUCUUUGUGAAUCCACCUGAACCUCACCCUGUACAGGACAAAGCUGCUGAGAUUGCUCAUCUUCCCACGGCUCAUGCCAAGACUGAUGCCCGAAGACUUUUUGGCCAGAGACUCCUGCCUGACCGAACACCAGCCCUGGAGUUGAUAACAGGAGCCAAGAUUACAGGUUUGACGUGGCCGGCUCGAUAUGCCGGAGAGUGGGCUUUCGGUUGGCACGACGGUGUACACGCGUCGGUUCCGAUGGAAGUCAUCAAGCUGGACCGACCUCCCUUCAAUCUGAUUAAGAGAAACAACACAAGCCGCAUCCGUGCCAAGGCUAAGUGGAGGUUUGCACCAAAGGAAAAGAAUGAAGAUUGGCUAAAGUUUGAGAAGGACGAGAUUAUCACCAACAUUACUUGGUCAUAUCCCGAGUAUUGGUGCUGGGCUGGUACAAACUCAAAGGGUAAAUGGGGAGUUUUCCCUCAGGCGUUCCUCGACUCCAACUCGCUGCAGGAAAUCACAUCAACCAUCGGCUCUGACCGGGCUAGCAUUCUCAGCAACGAGAAGAACAAGUCAAGCACUAUGCUGCCAAAGUUUUCCACGCGGAGUAAGAAUGGACGGCCGCCCAGUGUCGCCGGAUCGACAAGCAGUGGAGAAUCACGAUCGGUAUUUGGAACCUCAAGGAGCCUACGACGAUCGCGGGAGGAUUACUGA